UCUCAAAUCCAUCAGAUUCCUCCGAAAAAACAUUAUAAAAACCAUCUCAUCGACCUCUUCCUUUUCUUCAUCUGAAGCUUUUGCAGUAUUCAUUAAUAAAUAAAUAUACUGCUUUAGCUUUGGAACAAAAAAAGAAACUAGAAAAAAAAAUAAUAAUAAUGGCACGUCAAUUUGUCGUAUUAGCACUCUUGGCUCUGGCCGUGGCCACCGCAUUCGCCGCCGAUGCACCUUCAGCUGCUCCAACCAAAGCCCCCACCAAAGCCCCCACCACCCCAACCAAGGCUCCCGCAGCUGCACCCAAAUCCUCCGCCGCCGCACCUAAAGCAUCAUCCCCUGUCGCAGAGGAACCCAACCCCGAUGACGACUACUCGGCUGCCACCCCCAGUGACUCCGCCGAUGCACCCACCGUCUCCUCCCCUCCGGCUCCUACCCCCGAAGCCGAUGGACCCUCAUCCGACGGACCCACCGCCGAUUCACCCAAAGCUGAUUCCUCCGAAAAAACAUUAUAA